AAGGCUUCCAAGACCACACUUAGCUAUGGCAAUGCAAGUCACUUUUCUGGUUGCCCUUCUUCUACUCCCCAUUCAUCUUCUAAAUGCGAGAACUGUCAUAACUUCAUUCAAUCGAAGCAGCUUUCCCGAUGAUUUUGUAUUUGGAGCUUCCUCAGCUGCCUAUCAAUAUGAAGGUGCAGCAUUUGAAGGUGGGAAAGGUCCAAGUAUCUGGGAUACAUUUACCCAUAAAUAUCCAGGGAAAAUCUCGGAUGGGAGUAAUGGUGACGUAGCCGAAGACUUUUAUCAUCGAUACAAGGAUGAUGUCAAAUUAAUGAAGUUUAUUGGACUGGAUGCUUUCAGAUUUUCCAUCUCCUGGCCCAGAAUAUUGCCUCGUGGGAAGCUUAGCGGAGGUGUUAAUAAGGAAGGCGUGGCUUUCUACAACAAUCUCAUCAACGAACUCAUAUCAAAUGGUAUAAAGCCCUUCGUGACAAUCUUCCAUUGGGACACUCCCCAAACACUUGAAGAUGAGUACCAUAGCUUUCUAAGCCCUCUUAUUGUGGAUGACUACUUAGAUUUUGUAGAGCUGUGUUUCAAGGAAUUUGGUGAUCGAGUAAAGCAUUGGAUUACCAUGAACGAGCCAUAUAUUUUCGUUAAUAGAGGUUAUGAUGAGGGAACUAAGGCUCCCGGUCGCUGCUCUGCUUGGCUAAACCACGAUUGCCCAGCGGGAAAUUCAGCAACUGAGCCUUAUAUAGUCGGACACCAUAUGCUUCUUUGUCAUGCAGCAGCUGUAAAAUUAUACAGAGAAAAAUACCAGGCAACUCAAAAAGGACAGAUAGGGAUUGCGUUGGUGUCUCACUGGAUGGAACCGUACUCUAGAAGCAAGCUUGACAUUCUUGCAAAACAAAGAGCUCUUGAUUUUAUGUAUGGAUGGUUUAUACAUCCAUUGAUAUAUGGAGAUUAUCCUGCAAGCAUGCAUAAACUUGUUAAGAAUCGUUUGCCCAAAUUUACCCCGGAGCAAUCUAAGAUAAUCAAGGGUUCUUUCGACUUUCUUGGACUGAAUUAUUAUACAGCAAAAUAUGCAGUUCAUAUUGCCUCUCAGAGUACUAUCAACGUUAGCAGCUCUACAGAUCCUCUAGUCAAGCUCACUUCUGAAAGGAAUGGAAAGUUCCUAGGUGAUCCGACUGGAGUCAGUGCCUUCUAUGCCUAUCCAAAGGGACUUCGAGAUCUUCUUGAAUACACCAAGAAAAACUACGAUAAUCCACCAAUUUAUAUCACGGAGAAUGGGAUUGGUGAUGCAAAUAAUAGCACACGAAUAAAAAGCAUCAAGGAUUUCCAACGAGUUGAUUUCUACCAUCGCCAUCUUUUGGCUGUUCAAGAAGCCAUUAAAUUGGGAGUGAAUGUAAAGGGUUUCUUUCCUUGGUCAUUUAUUGACAAUUUCGAAUGGGACUCCGGUUACACCGUGAGGUUCGGCAUAUGCUAUGUGGAUUACAAAGAUGGACUGAAAAGAUAUCCCAAAAGCUCUGCUCUUUGGUUCAAGAAAUUUCUCCGCAAGUAAAAACAUUUUGCUACGUUGAUAUGCUGCGCUUAUGGAGUAGAUCCAAACAUAGUUUGGGCAUUUCAGAAUAAAACAUUUUUCUCAUAACUGCAUUUAAGAAGUAUUUCUUCUCUCCUCUUUUUGGAUGAAGCAAUCAGAAUGUGCAAAUAUAUAUCCAAUUGCAAGAUUAUCCUACUAUUGGACUUACCAAAUAUUCUACAUUUUA